GCAGGGCACUCCGCGGCGCAAAGCCCCGUCCGAGACGCGCAAAAAAGAAAACUUUCUCGCUCAAAACACGGAAUGAGAGUGGCGAUAAGUCUAAGCGUCGAGGGUCAGACUCGAAAAGUCGAUCAUCACUGAUCCACAACAACAACAAUAACAACAGCAACAACAACAACACGAAGAGUCCACUUCGAGUUAACGGAGAGAAGUCAGAAGUCUAUGCAUUCGUCGCUUCUUCUGAUUUCCAGUGCGCGAAGGCGACGGACGCGCGCUCUGCUCAUCAGGGACUCUAUGCGCGAGCGCGGACGACUGUGCGUGUGAAAGUGGGAAAAAAAAAGCGGAUUACAAAGUGCACCGAAAAAGAAGCUCGUUCUCCGGCGCUUGGCCAUGGCGUACCCUCAGGGCUACUUGUAUCAACCGUCCGCCUCUUUGGCGCUCUACUCGUGCCCAGCGUACAGUACGAGCGUGAUCUCGGGCCCGCGCACCGAAGAGCUCGGUAGAUCGUCUUCAGGCUCGGCAUUCGCACCCUACGCCGGAUCCACGGCGUUCAGCAGCGCCUCAGCUGCCUACAGCUCGCAUUUGCCGUACGGAGCGGACGCCGCAGCCGCCGCCGCCACUUUCACCUCCUACGUGAGUUCCCCCUAUGAUCACACGUCAGGCAUGGCUGGCUCUAUCGGCUAUCACCCGUACGCAGCACCACUGGGUUCAUACCCGUACGGUGACCCUGCGUACCGUAAGAACGCGACCCGGGACGCCACCGCGACUCUGAAGGCCUGGCUCAACGAGCACCGCAAGAACCCGUAUCCCACCAAGGGCGAAAAGAUCAUGCUGGCCAUCAUUACCAAGAUGACCCUUACCCAGGUGUCCACCUGGUUCGCCAACGCCCGGAGGAGACUGAAGAAGGAGAACAAGAUGACCUGGACGCCGCGCAACAGGAGCGAGGACGAGGAGGAGGACGAAAACAUCGACCUGGAGAAAAAUGACGACGACGAGCCUAACAAGCCUAUUGACAAGGGAGACUCGACAGAUACGGAGACAGAUCCCAAAAUCCUGCACGUGGGUGAGGCGCCAUGCGACAGAUUUCACGAUGACCACCACGGCAAAGACUCGGACCCUUUGCUCAGCGACUCGGACUUGAAGGAGGCGGACGAGCGCGCGGACGCACUCGUGGACCCCUCAAAAGCCACCACGUCGUCGCCGUCGCUUGUGCAGCGGGCCCACGAGCUUGGCGUGCACGACAGGCCGCCGGAAGUUGGACACGGUGCCUCCGCAGUCAAUCACAGCAACGCCACGUCCGUUAUCCAUUCUCCUCCGUCAGCGCCUAAACCUAAACUGUGGUCUCUGGCGGAAAUAGCAACGUCCUCGGACAGGUGCAGAGGAGGAGGCGGCGACGCAGGGGGCACAGCUCAGAGCGCUCUACCGGCAGCUAGCGCCGCGUCUCCGAGCCGGACCUCGACGCAAUGCGCGCUCCCGAGCGGCGCCGUGCUCUCCCGGCCUCUCUACUACACGUCGCCGUUUUAUGCGGGCUACACGAACUACGGCUCUUUCGGCCACCUGCACGGCAGCCACGGCUCCGUCACGAGCUCGGCAGCGACGCACUUCAACGGAAUAAGUCCGAGCGUUUUGAACCGAGCCGAGGCUCUUGCCCGAGAAAGCAAAGCAAGAAGCCAAGCGCAGGUAGACCUGUGCAAAGACUCCCCUUAUGAACUCAAGAAAGGUAUGUCCAACAUUUAAUACCGGAAUUCAUCUCCGCGCUCAUGGACUAUUAUUUAUUAUUUGUGGUUGCAUAUAAAAGAAGACGACGAAGAAGAGAGAGAGAGAGAGAGAGAGAGAAAGAGAGAAAAAAUAAUAUUAAUGAUAAAGGGAUUUCGGACAGUUAUUUUCUGAGUAAAUGCUUAUCUUCAAAUCUUAGUUUCUGAAUGGUUAAUCAAGAUGUAACAUCUAAGAAUUGUCUUAAAACGCUGCAGCCGCCUAAGUCUAUUUGUAU